AUGGAAACUCUCCUCUUCCUCUUAGCAGCAGGCAGCACUCUCGCUGCUGCAACCCCCAUCUGUUCUCUCGAUGACCUAUCCACGUCGCGCAUUACAAAAACAAUCACCACGACUACAGUGCACUCCAUCGCCUCGCACUUGGUCUUCGCUAAGGGUGGCACACCACUUUCCGAGAAUGCGGGCUCUUCUCCGCCAAAGGACGCCAUCAUCGUCAACUACUUGCAGGAUACAUCAAACGUUAACCCUAAUGUCCCCCGAUUUGCACUAUUAGCCCAAGCAGUUGAUGAGACUAUUACAACUCACCGGUCUCUCCCUGCCAAACCCACGAUUCCACAGCGUUCUGGCGUCCCGGCGAUAUCAGGGCCACCCCUCUCUGGGAGAGCUAAUACUCCUCAAGAAACCGACAACAGCGCCAUCGACCGCAUCCUAGGGUCCCUACCGCUGCUGUUCAAGCGACAAGAAGAGGUGGACUACUACUCAAUCUUCCUCACCAUCAACGACAUCGACGUCGAAAUCCCAAUGCCCAAGCAGAAAGCACGCCAGUUCUGCCAGUCCAUCGCACAAUCAGCAUCUUCCUCCCCUUCACGGAUUCGGACGACGAUCACACCUGCUACUGGGGAGGAAUCGAGCGAGGAGAAAACGCGGACGAGGACUCGCCUAACAUCGCUGCCGAGCUUCACAUUGUUCUCAAGCAGCGCUGAGGAUUCAAUUUCUGACUCCUCUUCCGAAGACCCCAUCGACCACGAGCCGCCUACAACAAGAAAGCAUCCUACUACUAUUACUAGCCAGGCAACCCACACCUCAUUCUCCGUGGAUCCCUCAGAUGACGUCUCCUCCUUCAACCCGCUAUCCCACUCCGCCGCCUGGGAAUCCUACGAAUCGUACAUCUCGCGCUUAAAAUCCGAGCGGCAGUCCCAGCCCGCAUCCGAUUCUGAGGCAUCCACGCCAUCCCCGACAAGUUCACCAUCUGGCAGCGGAGAUCCCGAGGAUGACCUGCCAGAAUCAAGCCUUGAGCCAGAAGGGAGGAUUCCGCCGUCGGAUGAGGGGCUGUAUGCUCGAGCGCCACUAACCUCGAUGCCGAGCAUUUCUAGCGCGAAGGGUGGCGGUUGGCAUACGAUCACCGACGUCUUGCGUGCCCGGAAGGCUAUCUGGAACGCCGAUGCACAUGCUAAACGUGCACAUGAUGACGAUGAUGAGGAGAUCCUAGAUACACCGGGCCAGGUGCCUGCGGGCGACUCCGAGGACCAGGAUGGCUUGGAGUGGGAUACACCGGAUGAGUCUGAGGUUGGUGAAGGGCCCCCGAAGAAGGUUCCAAUGCGGCCGGGAGACACAGGCGGCAACGAGGCUGACGGAGAAGAGCAUGAGCAAGGAAGGACGAGCGAUUCGGCAGACGACCUAGAUGACCGUCCCACGAGUACACAGGAUAGCGACGACGAGCCUGCGCAAACAUCCGCUGAAGACGCGCCUCAACGAAGCACAAUCUUUUUAACCCGCCAUCCCCAUCCCCGCACCUCAACGUCUCUAUCCGACGACUCAGAGCCCACAGUCAAAACCACCGACCUCCUCGAACCGCCAGACUCCCCAGAACCUACAGGUGGGCCAGACGACUCCGACCCCUGGGCCACCUCUAAGUUCAUCCUCCCGCCCUUCGACAACCCCACCCCGUUCCUCCCGCUCCCCCCACCCAUGACGGCAUCCACCGUGGAGGACGGGGUCACGGCGAUAAGUACAAGUACGAGCACGAGUACGAGCACGAGCACGCAGACACAGACGCAGACGCCGGGGACCGCGGACUCAGACCCAGAUUCGAGUGCAACGCCUGAGAAGAACACGCAAACGGGCAAGGCAGCGACGAGCAAAGCGGGCAUGACGAUGAGCCCAGCAGGAUGGGUGGCGAAGGAGAAGGGGUUGAAGAUGCCGUAUUGGGUUGUCGGCAUUAUCAUUUAUUGGGCGAGCGGGCUGUGGGAGUUCGGGCGGCAGCUUCGAGGGCACUGGGCGGUGCAUCGGUGGAUUGGGUUUGACAGGGUAUUGCUGGCUGUGUUUAAUACUGUUUUCGAACGGUGGUACAGGUGUAAGGUCGAGGACUAUGAUCGAUAUCUAGCGGCGGGGAUAUGA